AAGUAGCCGAGCCACGUGUCUGCACGAGCCAGAGAGGAGCUGUGCCCGGGCCCUGAUCCUACGCGCCUUCCAUGCAGGCACCCGGGAAGCUGUAACUGAGCUGCCAACUGCAAGCUUAUCGUGAUGAGUUUUCUUGAAUAUGGAGACACGAUAAAAGAAGGGGACACGGCCAUCGUCUUCUUAGGCCACGAGUCAAUGUUUCCGGUGAAGGUCCAACAUGGCGGCAAAACUCAGACUAAGUAUGGCGUUAUUCGACACUCCACUGACCUCAUCGGCAAGCAGUAUGGCUCCAAGGUGACCUGCAGCAAAGGCGGCUGGGUCUAUGUUCUUCAUCCAACCCCAGAGCUGUGGACUCUAAACCUCCCCCACCGGACACAGAUCCUGUACUCAACUGACAUCUCUCUAAUCACCAUGAUGCUGGAGCUGAAGCCAGGAUGCAUUGUGUGUGAAUCAGGUACUGGAAGUGGUUCCCUGUCUCAUGCUAUCAUCAGGACAAUCGCUCCAACAGGGCACCUGUAUACAGUGGAAUUCCACCAGCAGAGAGCUGAGAAAGCCAUUGUGGAGUUCCAGGAACACAAGGUCGGUCACUUGGUGACGGUGAAGAACCAGGAUGUCUGCAAAAACGGGUUUGGUGUCACCAACGUUGCAGACGCGGUGUUCCUGGACAUUCCGUCGCCAUGGGAAGCAAUCGGGCAUGCAGAGGUAGCGCUAAAACGUGAAGGUGGACGCAUCUGUUCCUUUUCCCCUUGCAUUGAACAAGUUCAAAGGACCUGCCUGGCUUUGGAGGAACACGGCUUUACCGAAAUUAGUACUUUUGAGAUCCUGCUCAGAGUGUACAACGUUAGGACAAUUAGCUUGCAAAUCCCUGACCUUGGAAAAGCAGCCGAGGAUAGUUCGAGCGGCUCGUUUGACGGAGGCAACCCAUCAAAUCGAGAGGCCUCAUGUGCAAGCCUUCAGCAGGGAACUGUGCAAUUUAAAAGCGGUGUACAGCCCAGGGAAAUGGUGGGUCACACUGGGUAUUUGACCUUUGCUACCAAAAGUCUAUUUUAGCUACGCACACGUAGGGAGGCUUUCUCCUGCCCUCCCUCCCAAUUCAGCAUCCCAAGCUUUUCGCUCGGCAGGCAAUUCCAUAUAUAGUCAGAUUGAGUAAGAUUAUGCUUUGUUUAAAUAGCAUGCAGGAGCACUAACCAUAUCAGCCGUGCCAGUAACACUGUCGUUCUGGAACAGAACUUGGCUAGCUGUCUGGUAGAAAGAUGGAUUAGCAGCUAAUAGUUGUGGGUUGGAAUUUAUAAAAUAAAAGCCACUUGCAGGGGGUAAGAAGAAAAACCUCAACGAGGUGGCCUUGUGCUUCCUGCUAUGGGGCCAAGGCUUUUGUUCUUGCUGCUUUUAAAAAUAUAUAUUUACUAUUAGGAUUUAAAAGAAAGAAAGCAAAACAAAAACCAACCAAAUAUUCAAUAAAUGUUUUUGAAAGAGGUCCAGAGUUGGUUUUGAGAUAACGUGAUUAGAAACCAUAUAGCAGCAAGGCAAAAAUGGUCUUUGUUCAUACCAUAAAUCAAGGGUGCUGAACUUUAGUCCAAGUCCGGCCCGCUUGGGGCCCCAAUCCAGCGCUCCAAUGUUCCCCAGAUGGUUCUGCUCCCUUUCCUCCAGCAGCUGAAUAUUUUAUGCUUUUCUGGUUUGUGAUUGUUCCCCCACGCCACCCCCCCCCCCAAUUCUAAAUGCCUCUCCUAAGGCUUAGUUAAUGACAGUAAGAGCUUUAGGCCUCAGCUAGAUCUACCGUUUAUCCCACGACGGAGGAAGGAAGAUCCCGCGAUGUGAUUAUCGCGAGAUCCCUCCUCCGUUUACACGUAUGGCGCAACAACUUCAGAAGGAGAGGCGUCGCACCCGCCAUUUUUUUAUUUUUAAAGAAGACGGAGCGCACGAAUGCUUGUGUGCUAAAGGUAGGUUUUUUUUAAAAAAAUUAACUUAAUUUCCCUACUCCUCCCACCCUACCCCCGAUGGGCACAGUGCUCCUGGCGAGGAAUCAAGCGGAGCUGGGUCAACCCGCGGCAACAGCCCACAUGUUCUUCGGUCUCGGGCUCAGCCAGGACUGUAGAAAAACUGGGGCCAAAGGGGAGGGCGAGAUCCUGGAACA